AUGUUUUACCUUGCUACAGACGGAAAGUUCUUGGCUGUGGGUUCUCAUGAUAAUUUCGUAGACAUCUAUAGUGUGAGGCGGGGUAAGAGAACUGGAAUCUGUAAAGGAAGCUCAAGUUACAUCACACAUUUGGACUGGGACACCAAGGGUACGUAUUCUCUAAACUCAGCUGACCCUUACGUGAAUCCAUGGUUAACGUCGUUUGAAUCAAUCAAGACGUAGAGCACGAUCGAGUACAUGUAGUCCCUCCAUUUCGUCACAGAUAGUACUGCGGGUGAUGAACGCGGGCGCGCGUGAAAAUGUACCGGCUACCCCGAGGAGAGACAGUACGUAGAGGAAAGAGAGAAUAUCCCACAUUUGAUAUAUGAGUCCGAUGCUUUCUGGUCGUCUUUCUAUAUUUAGUUUGGUUUUCUUUGUGCUCAAGUCUCUUCUGGAAUUGCGAGACAGUGGAGUCGUGAAAAAUUUGCAAUUUUGUCCCUAAAGAUGAUUUUACACGAAACGAUUCGCAACGACGAUUUUUAGCACAACACAGCGUUGCAACAUUGUUUCGACAAUGUUUUGAAUGCUUGCAACAUUGUUCCAACAUUGCAACGCUGUGUUGCGCUAAAAAUCGUCGGUGCGAAUCGUCCCUCGUAACAUCACACUAAUGCCUGGGAGUCAUGUUAGAAUUUAAAUAUAUCGAACGUAGGCUAUUUUCGUCCCUCGCGUGUUGGAUAUCCUUGCGAGUGACGAUUGUCACGCGCGCUCGCGUAUUUCCCUAAAUCUAGUAUACCAAGCCUUGCAUUUUUCUCUUGUUACAAAGGGUAUGUCCGGCCAGGUCUCCAUUUUUCUGUGCAAAGUCAGCAAAGUUAAUUUUUAAUUGCUUUUAUUACUGUGCACGUCUUCAGCUAAAGAAUGUUGGUCUGCUUUUGCGAAAUCAGUAUCACUGUAGUAACUGUAACUUGCUCCCCACGUGUUUUCAAUUCUCAAUGGACAGGUAAAUUAAUCCAAACCAACUCUGGCGCCCGUGAGCAUUUGUUUUACGAGGCGCCCACAGGCAGUCGUAAAACCAUCAGUGUCCCGGAUGUUGAGAGGCUACAGUGGUCCACAUUCACUUGUGUUCUGGGUCCAACUGUUAAAGGUGUGUUCCCGCCAGGAAGUGACGUCACGGACGUUAACGCCACCUGUCGUACUAAGGACUGCAGCUUGCUGGCCAGCGGCGAUGACUUUGGUUUUGUGAAGCUCUUUGAGUACCCUGUAUCGGUGAGUUUGAAAUAAUAUGUCGAAUUACGGUUUAUUGACUUCAGUCCGUUCUUGGUUAUCUUGUUAUUGUGAUCACUUUGAAGCAUCUUUCGAGAAAACAGUAAUAUGUAACAACUGCCCUUUUUUGUCUCCGAAACAGCGAGGUGCACGUGGACGUCAGUAUGGAGGUCACUCUUCCCACGUGACCAACGUACGGUGGACCAGUGAUGACCGCGUGUUAGUAUCCACUGGUGGCCUGGACACGGCCGUGUUAAUCUGGGACCGACUGAUUGUGUCGGACGUUGAUGCGCCAGGU